AUGGUCCUGCAUUACGUAAAGCCACCAUCAUUAUUGCUGUUGCCUGUUACUUUGUGCUGCCUAUUUGAGCUGUCGGAUUUGGCUGAACGAAGAGAGUAUAAAGAGCUCGUCAAAGAUAUUACUCCUGUUGAACAGACUGAUGAGCCUUUCUCAUCUUAUAAAGAUCAAGUUGGGUUUGGUCUCCAUGUGGCCGUUAUUAUGUUUACGGGUUAUUUGGUGGGAUAUGCUGCAUUCAGGGCUCUGUUUAAUCAUAACCCGGUCAUGAAUGCUGCCGGUGGUAUCCUUGGUCUAGUUUUUGCGAUGCUCUUGGAGACUCUCCUUUUUAUAAUCAAAUCUUCAAGUAAACGUCCAGUAUCUUCAUCCUUGGCUUCAUCAUCUGCUUCAAAGCUAAAGAAAGAUCAAUAACAACCAUUAUCGAGGUUAAUCUCUAAAGUUCAUCUUUGUAACAUUCACUUUGAAACUCUGAUCCUUGUAUACGUAUAUCUAAAAGUUAGAAGCUCAAAUUUUGGCCUAAAAUAUCUCAGAUGAGGAUCAAUGCAUAAGAUAUCUAGGGUGUCUGCUGGUCUCUAUUUUGUGAAUGGUGGCCAAAUUGUCUUCCUUGGCACAUUGAACAACAGUGUGCAAUAUGAACACCUAUAGAAAAUUCAUUAGCAGGACUCUCUAAGUGAGAAUUCCCUGUUUUUGUUGUUGCUGCCGGACACGUAAAAUUGCUGGCACCGUAAAGUGGCUAUCUAGUUGGAAAAUGACUGAGAUGUUCGGUGAGCUUGAAUUCAGAAAUCUUUUAGUAGGACCCAAGUCUGAAAUUACUGGCAGUUCUCCACCUCGAUAUUAAUCUCUGAGACUAAUCCAUCUAUUUAUACUUUUUACAUAGAA